AUGAAAACAUUUGUCGUUGGAAUCAGUGGUGUGACAAAUGGCAGGAAGACAACGCUGGCUAAGAAUUUGAAGAAACACCUCCCAAGCUGCAGUAUCAUAUCUCAGGAUGAUUUCUUUAAGCCAGAGUCUGAGAUAGAGAUAGACACCAAUGGGUUUCUGCAGUAUGACGUGCUUGAAGCGCUCAACAUGGAAAAAAUGAUGUCCACCAUUUCCCGCUGGAUAGAAAGCCCGAGACGCUUGCUGGUAUCAACAGACUCAGGGAGUGCCGAGGACAUUUCCAUAUUAAUCAUUGAAGGCUUUCUUCUCUUUAAUUAUAAGCCCCUUGACACACUAUGGAACAGAAGCUACUUUCUGACCAUUCCAUAUGAAGAAUGUAAGAGGAGGAGGAGCACCAGAGCAUACGAGCCUCCAGACACCCCAGGGUACUUUGAUGGCCACGUGUGGCCCAUGUAUCUAAGGCUCAGACAAGAAGUGGAGAAGAGCACGUGGGAGAUAGUUUACCUGGAUGGAACCAAAUAUGAAGAGGACCUCUUUAAAGAAGUGUAUGAAGAUCUAAUACAAGAACUAGCAAAGCAAAAGUGUUUGCACAUGACAACAUGAAGAUGAAGUGUACUGAAUCCUUCCUGGGAUGAAUUUGGAAACUCGAAGGACUGUAUGUAAGAAC